AUGGCGACAUCAUUCCUGUGGCCACCUCCAUUCAGAAGAAAUAACGAUGACGCAGAGGGGGUGUACGAUAAGGCAAGUGAACAGCGUUCACACUGGACAACGACAGACUGGUUGGAGAGACAUAAAUACGCCGUAGAAUUGCACAACAUCACCACGGCCGACGGGUAUGAGCUGAUGUUGCAUCGCAUACCCAAGCCAGGCCAGCAACCAAUAUUGCUAGUGCACGGCCUGCUAACGUCAUCACUCGCUUGGGUGUUACAAGGACCGGGAAAGAGCUUAGCCUUUCUGCUCGCCGACCGGAACUAUGAUGUUUGGCUAGCGAAUUUGCGUGGCUCACCAUAUGCCCGUAGUCACACGCAACUCAGCACCAAAAGCGUCGACUAUUGGAGUUUCAGCUUCCACGAAAUGGGCGCCUAUGAUCUGCCCGCCAUAAUGGAUCACAUUGGAAAUGCCACAUCCUUCCAGCCGUUGCUGCUAAUUGGACAUUCACAGGCGCUUAAUGCAUUUCUAGUGCUUUGUUCCAUGCACCCGGAAUACAAUGAACGCAUUCAGCUGAUGCAAGCCUUGGCCCCGAUUGUGCAGCUGCACGAAUUAGUGCGUUUCAAAUCGGAUGAUGUGCGUCGGAUUAUGCGCUUUGUGAAGGCAAAAGUCAAAGCAGAUUCACAUGAAGUCUUUCCAGCCGGCUAUCUGCGUAAGAAAUGUUUAAAGAGCGAUUCCGAAAAACGCAAAGAGUGCUUAAAAACUAUGAAAACUGUUGCGGGUAAUGGCCGAUAUUCGAAGUCCAUUGAGCCGAUCCUCUAUGGUCAACUUUUACAGGGUGGAUCGCUGAAAGAAAUCAAACAUCUACAACAAAUAUGGGAUUCAGGCGAUUUCGUUGCCUUCGAUUAUGGCGUUGAGGGUAAUCGCAAAUAUUACAACUCUGUUGAACCAUACAAUUAUAACCUGAGUCUGGUUACGGCGCCAAUAUUACUCUACUUCGGCGAAAGUGAUGCCAUUGCAACGCCCGAAGGCGUACACAGCAUUUACUCACGUCUAUUGAAUGCGGUUGUCGGUGUCUAUCGCAUAACCGCUGAAAAAUUUAAUCAUUUCGAUUUUCUAUGUGCGAAUGAUGUCAAAACACUGGUCAACGAUAGAGUGAUCACGCUGAUGGAGCAACAUUUGGCCGGUAAAUUGCCCUACGUAAUUGAAUGA